AUGUCUCUCAGCGCAGUAAGGGAUUCAGAUGUGUCUGAUAUCAUUCUGCUAACCAAAAAAGGUGUCCCAAUUCUCGCGCCGAAAGCACCAGACAUCGACGCCAUCUCUUUUGUCAAUUCCCGAUCGCAAGACCAAGACAGCAUCUUCAACGAAGCUGUCAGAAUCUUAGACUCGAUGAAAUCAUCACCCUCAUGCAACAGACUUGCAGCAACAAAACUAGUGAAUUCAUGUCAAACAUUCAGCGAUGGCAAAGACAGCGCGCAGACAGACAGCCCAGACACGCUCGACCUUCUUCGAUCCGUCUAUGCCGCACGUCUGGCAUUGUGUGAGAUCGACGGUGCUGGCACUCCAAUGCCUCCAUCAUGUCUUCCAAUCACUGUGUCGCCGCCUUCACAGAAGAAUCGAUUCGGAUUUGUGAGUCGUCACAGAGGCUCUGGCCCUGCGUCGGAUGAAGUCUCGAAAGAAUUAUUGGAGCAAUGUCUGAAGACGCUCGAGUCGCGACCUCAGUGGUGGACCUCUUACAGCAACAGUCGACAGAAUGCCCUUGUCAUUUGCCAUGCUUCGCGAAUGGAAACAGAAAAAGAGGAGCUUAUUGACCUGCAUCACUCCAUUGCCAAGAGCAGUCUCAAACUCAACAACGGGCUUCAAGACGCUUUGCAAGAUGCAUCUGCACGGUCUGCAGAGCAGCAAUCAUUUAUACAAGCUGUUCAGUCUAUGCAAGAGAAGAUCGUGGCAGAUAUGGAAGCGACAGACUCUGUGUUCAAACGAACAUUGGGCAAUUUUCUUCGAGAAAUCGAAGCUGGGAUAUUUUCUCUCCAAGACUCUAUAUCUGUCGCUUUGUCAAAUGUGCGGACUGGAACAAGGGCCCUCGAAAAGGACAUCCGGAACGUAUCGACCCAAGUGGCAACACUUCAACACGCUCUAGAGAGUGCACAUCAAGAUGCAAUGGCUAGAAGCCAAGAGACGUUGGAUGUCCAAGAAACCAAUGCUAUCGCUCAGAAGGAUCUCGCCUCUUCUUUACACCUGUCGCUCGAGUCGGUUCUUGACUCAGAUAUGGACAGAAUAUACCGAGGCAUGCAGAAGUUUGAUGCUGCUAUGGAAUGGCUGACCAGCCGAAUGAACAUGAUUCUCGAGCAAGAAACCAGGAUGACAGAGCGACUUCAAAACAUGGAAACAUUUAUGCAACAAUCCGAAUCGAAAGCAAGCGAGCUGCAGAAGGCCCAGGACCAACAAACAGAAGCACUAUCUGCACAAUCCCGGGCCCAGGAAGCCAUUCAAUCCCACGCGCAAGUAUCGCAAGCGUUGCUGGCCAAGACUAGCGUUGCUGCUGCCAAUUUGCAAUCUGUUAUCGACGAUGCAGCUUUCAAGUCCAAGCACCUCCCGAGCUUUGGUAUUGGAGGACCCUCCGCGUGGUCUUUCUGUGCCGUCCUACUGAUGGUCAUCGCUGCCCAGAACCUUAAGAUUGGAAUCGCUUUAUUUUUUCUUAUCUUAGGGCAUUCUGUUGCCUUGACUAUUUUCAAAUUUCUUUAG